AACUGAAAAAAAAGGAAAAUCAUGUCUGUGAUUUCCUGUUGUGAAUUCAUGUGUGUGCGGAUCUUGGAUCCUCCACAUUCUUAAUUGCAUCGACCUGGUAACUUGAUCUCCCAUAACCAUCAUGACACGGGCCUGUUGAUGUCCCAUUAAUCUUCAGCUUAGUUUUAACUCGGCUGAGGUGAAAUUAGGGGCAUCGUCAGUGUUUCUAAAAGUAUUGAACUCUCCACAACUGAUAUCUACUAAUAGAUCAAUGGUGCAUUCUGUAAUGAUCUCCCAUCAUAUAUUUAUUGUCCACUGGGUCACAUGCCUUUAUCAAGUUGGUCAUAACCAAGCAUUAUAUCUUUCCUUGUUCUUUGUUGUCCUACUAAAACUGGGAAAUCCCUUAGGUAGCCCAACGUUUUAUCCAACAGCUAGCUAGCUAGCUACAGUCAGACUGCAUGCCUGUCAGAAAAUCCAAUUUUAUUAAAAAAUUAUUGUUUGUGAAUAGCAUCAAACUUCAGCACCAGACAUGUGACAGGAACUGUAUCCGAUAACUCCAUGGCUCUGUACAGUAGUGUUUUUAUAUAGAGAUCUGGGAGGAACUGUCACAAGUUUAUUACUGCUAUAGGCUAAUAUAACUAACUCGUUGAUGCCCCCUGUUGUAAAACCAUUGCAAGGCUGGCAUGUUUUUCCUCCAUGCUCUAUAGACUGUUUUAGCCAUCGGAAGUGAUCAAUUUGGAAGUUGAGUAGUGUUUCUUGAUAGUUCCACUGAAUUGGCUGUUUUCAUAAUGGAUUACGACUCCAGUGUAUAGACAUAUGUAAUGUGUGAACUACCACGUCGUGUACAGUAAAGUCGUUAGUUUUAUACAGUGAAGUCGUUAGUUUUUAAUGAGCCACGUGGAAAAAGCAGAGUAAAAAAUCUUUGCUCUCAUUGCAGCCUCACAGCUGCUGAAAUGAUAUUUCUGAUCGUGGAUGGUGAUUGUUUUUAACUGUGACUGAAUAUAAUGGGAUUUUAAUUACAAAUCUGAUUUAUCCUUUAAGCUGGUUAGUACUAAUAACAUGAAGCAGAGUAGACCAAGAUAACAUGAAUAUUGAUUGUUGAUAUACAAGGGAGAGAGAGAUAUAUAGAAAGAGACUGUCGGUCACGCCUUCUACACAAGAUGGGAACAAUGGCAGAUUAAAAUUUUUGUUUUACCUGUGUAAUUGUUUAUCUCCAGGAUCAAUCAUAGUUUACAUAGCGCUAAAAGGAUAGCCAUUUAUCGAACUAACUGAUGUUAGUCACGACCAUAGCUAAUCAGAAGUUCCAGUGACCAGAAAAGAUCCCUUCCAGUUGGAUAACCAUGUUCAAUUGGAGCACGUCAGAUAUAACAGCAAGUCUACCCCUGUCCUGAGAAGUCACUCGUUUGGGGGCAGUCUAGCCAUGAAGGCCCACCAUGACGUCCAGCACACUCCCUCGGGGGCCCCAGUUCUGGGGGAGACACUCCGGGCCCGGGGACAUUGGACCCUCCAUAAAAACUCCCCCACCUCUAAGUCCAGCACUAGCCUCAGUUUCAAGAAGUCCCCAAAGAUGCCGAAAGUCCCAAGGCCCAAUAGAACCCUUCUGAUGUUUAAUAGCGUCAAAAAUGGAAUUAGAGAUUUUAUCCAGGCCACCAGGGAUGAUAUUGAGGCUCUACAUUCCAGGACUGUUGACCAAACUACCACCUCACAAGGAAGAUUGCUGGAAACAGACAAGCAAAUUAAAUCUGCUGAGAGAUACCUAAAGAGAUUAGAAUUUCAUCUGGCAAAGAUUGAGGAACUCCAUGACAAUUAUAUUGUACAGCAACAAAUGAGAGAAGGUACUAGAACCUUGCAGCGAGCCUUCAUAGUAUCUCCCCAUCGCAAGAAAGACUCGAUGGAGAGAGUUCGAUACGGACUGAAGGAAUGCUCCCAGACAAUGUGCUCCAUCGAGGCACAGCUGGAGGCUAUGAUGGGAACUUUCUCAUGUAAACUAAAAGGAAUGGCUGGAUUUGCCAGAUUGUGUCCAGGAGAUGUGUUUGAAAUUGUUGUCAAACAUGGCCACCAGAAGUGGAAAUCUAAAGGCAGGAUAGAAAAGAAUGGAACCCAGAGAUGGGACCAUCCAGAUUUCAAAUUCAAGGCAGUCAUUGGAGAUGUUUUCAACAUUAAGGGCAUUGAGCUAAGGAUGCUGAAGUCGGUGACUCUGGGGCAGAAGAAGUGUGAGACCAAGGAGUUGUUUUCGGCCAACCCCCAGCUGAUGACCGUCAGCAUCAACACCAACGGCUCCCUCAAACUCAGUGUCAUCAUCAUCUGGAAUCCUCUGGAUGGGGUGGAGGAGACUAUGCCAUACUUCGAUGUCCCCCUCCGACAGCCCAGCACCCCCAGGAGGCGACCAGUAUCAGUAAUGGCUCUCAAUGGAGAACUGAGCCAGAGUGAUUUUCUGGGAGCAGAGAGAAGAUACUCCAAUCCCAUCAGUAUGACACAAACAAAAGACGAUAAUUUCAUUCUGAGAGCCUCGGCUCCCCCUAGUGUACACCCAUCACCUCAUCAUUAUGGACACCAUUUAUCCAGCCAAUCAAACGCCAUGUACUUGCCCAGUGGUGCUUCCCCCCAGUUCAGAAACGCUCACUCUCCCCCCGUGACGUCUAGAUUUGUGGAUCCUCGUCAACAGAUACCUCAGAGAUAUACUGUGUCACAACCAAACUUGAACUCAGGGGCAGGGACCUCCCCCACCCCUAACAGAAUUACACACUUUCUGUCCAGUGGUUCUAGCGAUACUUACGGAAAUAUGCACUUUAAUGUGGCCAUGGGACAUGGCAUAACCUUGACUAAGGACGAGCCUGUGCACAUUGAGGAUGCAUUGAACAGUUUAAGUGCUAGUCUAGAGGAUUAUCACGGACAGUACCGAGAACUGGAGAAGUUGGAGGAUGUGGUGGUCGUGUUGGAGCAGGUUCUAAGAAAGGAAUCUAGAUGUAGUUCUCGGUCAGGCAGUAUAUGUGUGUCUGUUCGGGAUGCCCUCGGUGCUUUUGAUUUCUUGGAUACUGAGGAGACAGAAGAAGGAGGGGAGACAAAUCAAGAAUCUACAAUUUUCGACCAUGUGAUGUCAAGUCCUGAAUCAACGGCUAAGACUGCUGAUUCUGGCAUUGAAUCACUGGCUAAGCGGUUGUCAGAGGAUGUCAAUCUAGGAUCCAGUGAGGGUUCAAGUCCUCUUCCCCCCAGCACUGGAAACGAACAGGUGGAUCAGGCUCUUGUGUUCCACUUGGUGUACUGUGAACGGCUGCUGGAGAGCUUAGGAAGUUUUGGACCAUUAAAAUGCAGAGAAAUUUAUGCACUAGACAGACUACAAAAACAAGCAGAUAUUAUUGAACACCUUAUAAAGAUUUCACAGUCCUCAGAAUUGGAUCUCCAUGCCAUUAUGACAGAGCUGAGUGAGGACAAAAGUUUACGAGAGUUCUGGGUGAGAUGUACAGACACCAAUGUCCUCUACAUACACCCAGAGAAACUUGUCACUGCUUUUGAACAAAAGUAUGGAGCUCAGCUACAGAGUAAAUACAGCAGGGAUCCAAAGAAAGUUUUAAGACACCUGGUGAUGAGAAUUCUAGAUGUCCCAAGCUAUGAUCCUGAAAAGGUCAAGGCUACCUGUGUGGUCACGCUUCACCAAUUCCUGCAGUAUUUCAAGGACGAGGGAGGCUUACAGAAUGUAGAUGCUGUAGCAGCUGAAUUGCAAUUGAUAGAGAGGUUGUGUUCCGGGAAAUCUGAGAGUAUAAUCAAAUGUGUGAUGUCCCUGAAAGACACGCUACCCCCCUCCCCCUGCCUCAAGGUGAUGGGGGCUCUCCUGGUCAGUGGCAGCAAUGAUGUAGCCAAGACAAUUGAGUCCUUUUUAGAAACUCUGGCAAAAAAGAAAGAUCUUCGGGAUAAGGCUCUGCUAGUGUUUGUUGAGGGACUAGAAGACAAAACCCCUGAGAUAAGGGCAGGUGCUUGUGAGGCACUGGGCAAGUUAGAGGCAUUGGAGAGCAUCGACAGACUGUCCUAUCUUUGCCAGACUGAUACCUCAACUGUUGUUAGGGUCAGGUCAAAGCAAGCCCUCUUCUCUUUCGGUGAAGUUGGUAGACAAGCAUUUGAGGAGAUUCAACUAUCUACCCAUGGUUUCCAAGGACUUCAGGUCAGGAAGUAGGAUGUUGGGUGCCAGAGCUUUGUUCCGUCGGUUGUGUGCAAAGUGAACAAAACAAAAAAACUGGAGAAAGUGCGUUUCUGGGUUGCAGAAAUGUUUUAUUUUUAUUGUUUUUUCAAAAUACCAAUCUAUUUAUAUGCAUGGUGACAAAGACAAGGAUAUCAGAAGCUGAAUCCAUUGAGAUUGAUACCACAUAUAUAGUUUUUUAUUUUGACAACCAUUCCAGAUAUAUAAAUAUAGAUACGAUGUGUAUAAAUGUUAACAAAAUAAAAUCAUCACUUGUAUUUGCAAAUUCAUUUACAGUUAUGUACAAAAGUGUGUGCCUUUGUUUUCUGUGUGUACAAAAUGUCAAAACUUGAAGCAUUUUUUGCUAAGUGCCUGUAGACUGACCACAAGUUCUGAUUGGUGUGCAAGACAGUAUAUCAUUGUUUCAGAUGAAAAUUGAUUGGAGUUUCAGCAUUACUCAUCAUUGAUAUUUAUAUGUCAGUAAGUUUUUAUUGUGCCAAAGUUGCCACAUGUAAACAUGCUUACAGUUAUUUUAAACAUGUACUGUAGUGGCAUUUUGUAACCAUGUAGAUAUAAUUUGUAUAUGUUUUACUACAAAAUUUUAUGAAAAAGCACAUGUAUCUAUACACAUUGACUUGGGUACAUGUUGAGCAAAACUUCUGUUCUUCCUUACCAAAGAUGAUUAAAUGGCCAUUUCUUAAAAAAUGAUAUUAUUACAUAUUUGUGCAAUAUUCCUUGAAUCAAAAGGUUUUUACAAAAAAAAAACUGCUUCCCCGUAAUGUUUGGUCAGAGUCGUGUAAAUGCUUGUUAACAUGGAUUUGACCUCAGUGAACAACCAUGUUUUUGUUUUUAUUGUACAGUUGUUUCCUCCUGUUUAUUUUGUGAGGGUAUGUGCUUAAGAAGAUCAUUAUGCUUGCAAACAGUUAUAUACAUAAGAAAGAUAUAUCAAUUGUUUAUGUUUAUCAUGUUAACCUAGUCAAAUUAUACACAAUAUACCACAGAAAAAUGAU